AUUGGAUGCGCCUCUGCGAGAUCACUGGACCUCCACAACAAAACCGAGGGCGGAGGAAGUCAGUUAGUCAUUGUUGCUACUCAGACAGGUCUAAUCGCCUCAGGGGUUAUCCACGCACAAUGCGUUCGAAUAGUUAGAGUCAGCCGCAGGUAGGGGCGAUUAAUCGAAGAGGAGGUAUUCAGCCGUCGAGGCGUGGCGUCAGUGGGGUUCGUCUGGCCCAGCAUGGCCAGGGCUCCUCCGUCCCUCUCUCAUCCCCACCGCAAGUCGCCGUUGGCCAUGUCGUCGCUUCUCGUCAUUACUGUCUUGAUCGUCGCACCGCUCUCAUGCGUGGCCGUCACGCGCCCGUCGGACGUGGAGGCGCUCGCCGCGUUCAGGAAGGCGGUCAAGGACCCCGCGCCGCUUAAGUGGCCCGACUCGGGCGACCCGUGCGAGGACAACUGGGACCACCUGACGUGCAGCCGUGACCCGGUGUCCGACUACCACGUCAUUUCCAGCCUGCUCCUGCCGCAACUCGCUCUCGGCGGCGCGCUUCCGCCGGCCAUCGGAGACUUGGCGGACCUGCGCGCCGCGUUUCUAGGCGGCAACGGCUUCACGGGGCCGGUGCCGGCGGAGCUGGGGCGGCUGGAUAAGCUAGAGAAGAUAGGGCUGGACCACAACCUGUUCACGGGCGUCCCCCUGAAUCUCUUCGAGAACAUGACGAACCUGCAGGCCGUGUACCUGCUGGCGAACAACUUCCAGGGGCAGCCCGUGCCGGACCUGUCCAAGAACACCGCGCUCGCGGUGCUCGAGCUCACCGACUGCGCCUUCGCCGGCCCUCUCCCCGCGUACAUCGGCGGCUUCGCGUCGCUGGUGAACCUGAGCCUGGCGCACAACCAGUUCGACGGCGAGAUCCCUCCCGACAUGUUCGGCGCGGGCCAGGCGAGUCUGCAGUCGGUGCGGAUGAACAACAACCAGCUCAAGGGGCCAAUCCCCGACGGGCUGGGCAGCGUGCCGCUGCUCUCGGAGCUCUGGCUGCACGGCAACCUGCUCUCGGGCGCCAUCCCCGAGUCGCUGGGCGGGCCGCUGUCGCUGCUGCAGUCGUUGAAGCUGUACGAGAACGAGCUGACGGGCAUGGUGCCCAAGACGCUGGGCGACACGCCCAACCUGCACGACCUGGAGGUGCAGAAGAACGAGCUCAUGGGGCCCAUCUGGCGCUUCAUGAAGCAGUUCGGCAACAAGAGCUACAGCUCCAAUGGCUUCUGCAGCGCCCGCCCCGGCGACAAGUGUCCGCGCGAGACGAUGGCGCUGCUGGACUUCCUCAAGGCGGCGCAGUACCCGCCCGUGCUCGUCGCGUCGUGGAAGGGGUCGUCGCCGUGCAGCGCCGCCGACCAGUCGUCGUCGUGGGUGGGCGUGGGGUGCUCGGCGGACGGCCACGUGCGCAGCAUCACGCUGGCGAGGCAGGGCCUCAACGGCACGCUAGCGCCGUCGCUGGGGAGGCUCCGGUCGCUGGAGAUGCUGCAGGUGCCCGGCAACAACCUCACUGGCCCCGUGCCGCCCGAGCUCGCCACGCUGCCUGCGCUCAAGGCCGUCAACCUCGCCAACAACAGCUUCACGGGCGACCUGCCCCAGUUCGCACCGGGCGUCACGGUGCUCUCCGCCGGCAACCAGUUCACUGUUGCCGAACCGCCCGUGGCGCCGCCAUCUCUGCCACCAGUCGUGCCGCCAGUCGUGCCGCCAGUCGUGCCGCCAGUCGUGGCGCCCACCGCGCCUCCGUCGGAGCCUCCAGUGGUGCCGAAGCCGCCUGUAGUGGUGCCGCCAGUAGUGGUACCUAAGCCCAAGGUGCCGCCCGUGGUGGUGGUCAAGACGCCUCCGCGCAAGCCGCACGUGCCACGUCGCCCGCACAAGCCCAAGAGCCCCGUGGUGGUGUCGCCCCCCGUCAACACCACUCACCCCGUCGUCACGCCGCCGCGACCGGUUCCUCCCACCACUAACAAAUCCCCAGAGCCCGCGCCGGCCAAUGAGACCGCAGCGCCGUCGCCCUCCUCGACGCCUCCGCCGCAACCACCGAUUCAGAACGUCAGCGCGAUUGCCGGUGGCGACAGUGCCGCGAGCAGCGGCAACAGCAGCGCAGCAGCAGCGAGCAGCGAGAGUGGCGGCAGCUCUGUGCCAAUAGCGGCGAUUGUCGUGCCUCUAGUGCUGCUCUGCUGCAUCGCCCUCGCGCUCUGCGCACUCUGCGUCUUCUUCCGCCGCUCCCGCCGCUGGCGCCGCGUGGGCAGCCCGUCCAUGUCCGACUCGUACGGCCCGUCGGGCGCGCUGGCGUCGGCGACUGUGCCGAUCUCGCUGGCGGGCGCCACAGCGCCCACGGACGUCAAGAUCCGCAUCGACCCCGCGGCGCUCGCCGCCCGCGGCAUCGUGGUGGGCGACUCGUCGGAGGGCGACCUGCUGAUCCGCAUCGAGGUCAUCCGCGCCGCCACCGGCGACUUCGCGCCGUCCAACAUCAUCGGCAAGGGCGGCUUCGGUACCGUCUAUAAGGGCGAGUUGGAGGACGGCACGAAGGUGGCGGUGAAGCGCAUGGAGCUGGGCCACCUCUCCACCAAGGGCCUCUCCGAGUUCCAGGCGGAGAUCGGCGUGCUGACGAAGCUGCGGCACCGGCACCUGGUGGCGCUGCUGGGGUACGUGGUGGACGGCUACGAGCGCCUCCUCGUCUACGAAUACAUGCCCAAGGGUCCUCUGAGCCGGCACCUGUUCGACCACCAGCGCCUGGGGCUGCGCCCACUCGACUGGCGGACGCGCGUGUCGGUGGCGCUGGACGUGGCGCGCGGCCUGGAGUACCUACACGGGCUGGCGCGCGCGUCGUUCAUCCACCGCGACAUGAAGCCCAGCAACGUGCUGCUGGACGACUCGUUCCGCGCCAAGGUCUCGGACUUCGGCCUCGUCAAGCAGCAGCAGCUCGCCGCCAUCGACGGCUACCAGCCCUCCAUCGAAACCCGCCUCGCCGGCACCUUCGGCUACCUUGCACCGGAAUAUGCGGUGACGGGCAAGGUGACGACCAAGUCGGACGUGUACAGCUACGGCGUGGUGCUCAUGGAGCUCGUCACGGGCCGCCGCGCGCUCGACGACAGCCAGUCCGAGGACACGGUGCACCUCGCCACGUGGCUGCCGCCGCACAUCCCCGACCGCCAGAAGCUCGCUCUCGUGGUGGAUCCGACGCUGGCGGCGGAGUCGCCGACGGUGGUGGGCGGCGAGGCGGGUAGCGGCGUGACGGUGUUCGAGUCCAUCUGCGCCAUGGCGGACCUCGCGCUGCACUGCACCGCCAGGGACCCCAAGCGCCGCCCCACCAUGAGCGACGUCGUUGCUGCGCUCGUGCCCCUCGUGCAGCAGUGGAAGCCGCAGGACCCAUUGGAGGACCAGACGGGCGGCAUUGACAUGGCGAUCAGUCUGGCAGAUGCGCUGCAGCAGUGGAAGGAGAUGGGUGAGGGUGACGACCUGCCUGGUGCAUAUAACCCCGACGACAGCUUCUGCGCCGACUGCAGCCCCAGCUUCGACGGGCUUGGCGCUGUGGCUGCCACAGGCGCGUGCAGCAACGGGUGCUGCAAGAGCAAGAAGGUGGCAGGCGAGGAGGGCGAGGGGUCUGCGGGUGACAAGGCAGAGGGCAAGAUGGGCGCAGGGGCCAAGGACGUGGGGGCGUUUGUGAGUGGGGAUCUGGAUGAGGCUGCAACGCUGGGUACUAGCAAGGGCGGUAAGGUGGUGCUGGUGGAGUAUGGUGGCAAGGCGGCCAGUGCAGGGGAGGCAGCAGCAACGGCAGCAAAGCUGGGAGAGGUGCUGAACGGGCUGUCGUCCGCCAUGACUCUGGAGGAGCAGUAUGCUGUGGACGGCUCUCCAGGCAGAGCUGACCUGAGUGUGGCGAGCAUCCCCACCUUUGUGCCAGGUGCCGCUGUGGUGUCCGCCAGGUAGAAAUCAUUUACCCGUAGAUGCGCCGUGCUUGUGUGAGCAGCCCUAGAGAGGUUAGUGAGAUAGGAACCAGAUGUGAGUCGUCUGGGGUGGGUUUCUGCAGACUAGCAGCUGAAGCCAUGCUUCUUUUGUAGGAGUGGGUGCAGUGAGUCAGAAGGCAAGGUGGUGCUGGUGCAAUAAGGCAGCAGGCAGACAUGGGAGUCAGAAGACAACCUGACUGCAGCAGCCUUUGUUGGGUUGCAGAGGUGUCAAAGCUUCAACUCUAGGACUACUGACAUGCAAGCUUGUUAUUGUAAUUAUUUAUGUUAAUGUAGAAUGUGGCACCUGUAUAGCCACGUGAGUUGAUU